AUGCGGAGUGGAGCGCGAAAUCCACACAUUCUUGUUAGUGUAAUCUUACCUUUGUUAAUUCUACUUGCCAUGGAAAAGCCGUUGAAAUCAACUCAUAUACAGCAGAAGAUUGCUGAGAAGCGUGCUGAGUUGGAAAACUUGACAGAAAUCAAAAAUCUUACCCAAAAUCUCACUUCUCAACUCAAGGACUUGGAGACGAAAUUAAGCGCGAUGUCUGAUGGAACAGAAACCGUGGCUCUUGUACUUUCAAACUGGCAAAACGUAGUCAGAUCUGUGUCCUUGGCCUCCUUGGGUUUGUUAAAGUAUAGCGAAGAAGACUAUAAAAAUGGAAAUCCAAUGCCAGAACCACUUGUACGCAUACCGCUUGCAAAAGAAGAAGAGUAG